GCCAGGCUGACCAAUUCCAAUAUGGUGGCCAGCUUGGCAGGUCUACGGUUCCUGUUGAUGAUAUUGUUGUUCUGCGGGAUCGGGUUCGGCGCCUGCAGCCAGGAGGCUCCCCUGGUUCUGGGGCUGCGGCUGGAAGACCCGGCAGGUCUGGUGUGCAUGAAGGAUCGGAUCAUCUCGGCGCCAGUAGGAGCCACGUUUACGCUCCGUCUCUUCGGGGCUGAUCUGAAUGGAAGCUGGCCGCGGGUGGCGUUCGCGGCGUCGGCUGGACGGGAUGCGGCGGACCCGUGCGAGCUGGACUCCAACCGCCGGCAGUCCGCUUUCCAGGUGAGCGGUAACUUCACCGCGGACGGGGACCACAGCGGGCUGAUCACGGUGGACGUGGGGCGGAGCAGCGACUCUGCGGGGGACUCGGAGCAGACGUACCACCGCCUGUGCGUGGAGAGCGGAGGGAGGUGGACCGCGGUGGGCUCGGACCGGCUGCGGGUGGACGCCCGCGGGGCUCCGUCGGGCUCCCUCCCGCCGUGGGUUCUGGCCGUGCUGGCGGCGGCGGUGCUGCUGGUGUGCGGGCUGCUGAGGACGGUGAACCUGAGCCUGCUGUGGCUGGACCCCGUGGAGCUCUACGUGCUGCACAGCUGCGGUUCCGAGGAGGAGAAACGGGCCGCCAAGCGCCUGCAGCCCAUCCGGAGGAGGGGGAACUUCCUGGCCUGCUCCCUGCUCUUCCUCUGCGCCGUGGGACACUCGGCCCUCGGCGUGCUCCUCCACCAGGCGCUCGGCUGCGUGGCCUCCGCCGUCUUCGCCAGCGGCUUCCUGCUCUUCUUCCUGGCUGAGCUGCCGCCUCACGUCCUGUGCUCGGGCUACGGCUUCCAGCUGGCGCCCGCGCUCACCUGGCUGGCCCAGGUGUGCCUGUUCCUCACCUGCCCCCUGUCCUGCCCGCUGGGCCUCAUCCUGGACCUGGCGCUGAGGAGGGACGUCACCACCUGCGGGGUCCGGGAGCGGGCCAUGGAGAUGAUCCGCACCAGCGUCCACGACCCGUACAGUGAGUUCGUGAAGGAGGAGUUCAGCCGCGGGACGCUGCGCUCCAAGACGGUGGAGGACAUCCUGACGCCGCUCAAGGACUGCUUCAUGCUGCCCAGCUCGGCCGCGCUGGACUUCUCCACCAUGUCCGAGAUCAUGCAGAGCGGCUACACCCGGGUUCCCAUUUACGAGGAGGAGAGGUCCAACAUAGUGGAAAUCCUCUACGUUAAAGACUUGGCUCUGGUGGACCCAGACGACUGCACCCCCAUGACAACUAUCACCAAGUUCUACAAUCACCCGCUGCACUUUGUCUUCAACGACACCAAACUGGACGCCAUGCUGGAGGAGUUCAAGAAAGGGAACUCCCACAUGGCCAUCGUCCAGAAGGUGAACAACGAGGGGGAGGGAGACCCGUUCUACGAGGUGCUGGGACUGGUGACGCUGGAGGACGUCAUCGAGGAGAUAAUCAAAUCCGAGAUCCUGGAUGAGUCUGAUGGUUACGUGGACCGGAAGGUGAAGCAGCCGCUCCAUGCGCCGGAGAUCCCCGUGGAGCCUCGCAGCGCCCACGAGGACUUCUCCCUUUUCAAGCCUCCCGAAGGAGAACCCAAGAUCCGGACCUCGCCCCAGCUGCUGCUGGCCACGCACCGCUUCCUGUCCAGAGAGGUGGAGCACUUCAGCCCCUGCCGCGUGUCCGAGAAGAUCCUCUUCCACCUGCUCCGUCACCCCAGUGUCAACCAGGAAGUGCACUUUGACCCCAACAACAGACUGAGCCCCAGCCACUACCUCUACACCCGCAACCACCCGGUGGACUACUUCAUCCUGCUGCUGCAGGGUCGCGUGGAGGUGGAGAUUGGGAAAGAGCGGCUGAAGUUUGAGAACGGGGCCUUUACUUACUACGGGGUGUCGGCGCUCACGCUGCCAUCUUCAGUGCAUCAGUCUCCGGUGUCGACGCAGCGUCACUCUCCCAGGGACCCCUUCGACUCUGCAGACGCCACCAGCCCGUCCAGCUACUGUCCUGACUACACUGUCCGAGCUCUGACGGACCUGCAGCUCAUACGGGUGACGCGUCUGCAGUAUCUGAACGCUCUCAGGGCCUCGCGCGACGGCCAGAGUCCAGAUCCUCCUGAGAUCAAGAUCCUGCCCAACAGUCAGACCAAGCUGCUCAACAGCAGGAACACCACCCAAGAGUUUCCUGUAAACUUUUCAUUCUUCGAUUCCAUUGAGAACUACUGUUAGUCUUUUUUGCAUGAGGCGGCAGUCGAGCCCAGGAGAGCUCCACAGAAGAGGAGACCCGUGGGUAGUGCGGUCCUGACACCCAUCAGCUGUUUAUUUGGUUCCCUAAUGUCUCAUCCAUGGCUGGAACGUAGCUCCUGACAAGACUGGAGAGAGAGUCAUUUUAAUGUGAGCCACUACUUGUGCAUCUCAUCUCUACAACAUUCAUUUAUGAGCUUUUUAUUCCAAUUAUUUGAUGUGGUUUUCUCUACUUUGGUGUCUAUACAUACCUAUAAAUAGGGUUCUUUUAAUUUGGUGGUGCCUUCGUUCCACGUUUAGCCUUUCGUACUAAAUGCUCCAUGGACAUUCCUUCCGUCAAAUCUAUGUGCUGGUCUGAUUUGACAGAGACACAAGUUAGUUGAGUUGGUUUUUGCACAUUAGACGUCAGUCAUAAUCUGACAUGCUGUGUGACCUGACCAGCGCUUUGAAGCUCAUUUCUGCGAGACAGAAUUAGAUUUGGUGUAUAUUGGUGUGAGCGUGUGUGUGUGUGUGUGUAUAUAUGUAUAUGUAUGUAUAUAUAUAUAUAUAUAUAUAUAUAUAUAUAUAUAUAUAUAUACACACACAAAAGCUGAAGCAAAACUUAAACAUACUGUGCUGCUUACGUUCCGCCUAUUUUGAUGUACAGAUUCUCCUGAAAACCACCUCCAGUUAAAUGUCUUGUUUACAGUCAGCCUGCUUCGUUUUCCUGCUUUGUCUCUAGAGUUUCAGCGGAAAUGGGGUAAAACAGGCUCCUAGUGUCAUUUAUCAUGAUUAUCAUGAUUGAUAAAUGAUCUAAUGUUAGUAUAUAAAUUGUUCCACAGAGUAGUCCUUAAUCAGCUCAUGUUGUUAACCUACUUUACAUAUUUGUAUUUAUUUAUUAAUAAAAAUACCUAAACUAUUAAUCAGUAUUAACAUUUUAAAGGUUGGUGCCAAUUUAGUGACAUUUGUUAAGUUAAUUCAGAUUUUCUCAACAUUCAAACUCAUUGUCUUUGAUGCCGCUGUAAUCUGACAAAACAAAACAUCUGAUGACUUUGCCAUUUAGCUUUAACUACGGUGAUUACUUUGCUAUUUCGCUACCUUUUGUAAAACAAAUGAAAACGAUAUUGAAAUAUAAGAAAUAGCAGUAGCUCCUGACAUCUGUAUGUCACGUUCUGUCCCAGGAGAAGACGAGGACGGCGGUAAUGCAGGUCAUAUUGAGCUUUUUUUAAGCAAUAAGUAAAAAGAUAAUAAAAUAAACAAACUAGAACCUAGCUUGUAUUUAAAUGCAGACUUUAGGCUGCUCAUCCUCCUGGACUCCACACAAAAAGUAACUUAAAAUUAAAAACAAGCCAAAUAUUUUUUUUUAAAUCUGCAUAAAUUUAGAAAAUACGUAAUACGUAAACGUGAAACCUACAUAUAUAGUUUGAAAUUCUUAUCCAUUUAUUUUAAAUAAAGGCUAAAGUAUAGUUUAUUGAAUGCUAAAUGAUAUGUUUCUUUUGCUAAUUGUUGAAUAACAAUAAUAAGUGACUCUUUAGUAUCACAUUAUUGACAGCAGUGAAUCUGGGCUCCAGCAGAGAGCGCCAGGCUUCUGGUCCCUGUGGUGCAGUCAGAUCGGUUCUGUCGGCGCUGAACCUUUGCUCGUGUCUGCGUGCGCGGCCUCGUUCAGCCUUGACCCUGCUCCGUGUUGUACAUCACAUGUGAACACGGCACAAAUGGCUCCUGUGUCGUGUCUGUGGAUGUUCAUGGGGAAGAAAAUGAUGACGGAAGCUUCACCUGUCUUUAUUGUUUGUAUAACAUGUAUGUUACAGUUUGACUCCUCCUGUUCAACCUGCCUGUGAAGCGACUCCUCCACCUCUAGCACUUUGAUUUGGCCACGUCAUAGUUCAUUGUAAUGUUCAGAUCAUAUUCAUUUUCCCACAGUUAGCAGUUCACGAUGGAGUUGUGAAGUCUGUGCAGCAGAUAAUAGGUCACAGGUGUUGCAGCAACACCACGAUGAGGCCGGUUUGUGACCACAACCACACAAAAAAAGUGACUGUCAAACGUGUUUGCUGAGAAACUACAGCAUGGAGCCAAAAACCAGCUGCUGCUUGAUUCAGGCGCCACAAGACUGAUAUUGGGUGAGAAAAUGUGUAGAUGGUGGUGGAAGUGUUAAACCUUCCAUUCACCAGUAGCCAAGAAUGAUAUCAGACACAUUAGCGUAGAACCAGAACAGUGUAGAUUAGACAAAGGGACUCGCUGACAGCCAGGAGGAAGAGGAGGAGGAGGAUGAGGAGGAGGAAGGACGUGACCGAAGCCAACCUUCAAGGCUGUUACAUUAGCCUCAUUCUAUGUGGGAGUUGUCUGGUUCCUGAUGUGGGAACUUCAAGACAUUUACUUUUUUGUAAUGGCUUUAUGAUGUUAAAAAGACUGAAUGUAAAUACAAAGUUGCCAGACUGACCUGGAGACAUGUCUGAGAUGACGGGUGGCGCUUCACACUUCCUGUCCGAGUUACAUUUAUAUACAAACUCUGUAUAUGUUGUAUUUUACGAGAAUGCUGCCAGUUUGAGGUGCAUCAACUUCACUUCAUUAAGACUUUCGAUAAGUUUCUUAGGAAAUAAACUCAAUCCUGUUAGAAA